GCUGGGAUUGGCCGGCCCUCGGCUUCCCUCGCCCCCAGCCAAUCGCCGGCGAGGACUUCCUGGGGGGGUUACUUUACUGUCUCGCGUUUUGGUCGCCAGACCAGACCCCCAGGUCCGGGAUCGCUCGGCGGCCGCUGGCGACAGGAGGCUGCGCUUCCACCGCCGUGAUGAGACCCGGGAAAGCCUGCCUGCUGGUCCUGCUCCUCGCUCUGGUGCAGCUGCUGGCCGUGGCCAGCGCUGGGGAGCCCGACGGAGAUUCUAAUAAAGAAGAAGCCAUGGAGGAGGAAGACGAGGAGGAGGAAGACGAGGAGGAGGAUGAUGACUUGGAAGUUAAGGAAGAAAAUGGUGUCUUAGUCCUAAACGACGCGAACUUCGAUAACUUUGUGGCUGACAAAGACACGGUGCUGCUGGAGUUCUACGCCCCGUGGUGUGGACACUGCAAGCAGUUCGCUCCAGAAUAUGAAAAAAUCGCCAGUGCCCUGAAGGAAAACGACCCUCCCAUUCCCGUCGCCAAGAUUGACGCGACCGCAGAGUCGGCGCUGGCCAGCAGGUUCGAUGUGAGCGGCUACCCCACCAUCAAGAUCCUCAAGAAGGGGCAGGCUGUCGACUACGAGGGCUCCAGGACCCAGGAAGAAAUUAUUGCCAAGGUCAAGGAGGUCUCGCAGCCCAACUGGACGCCUCCACCGGAAGUCACGCUUGUGCUGACCAAAGAUAACUUCGACGAAGUGGUGAACGACGCAGACAUCAUCCUGGUGGAGUUUUACGCCCCAUGGUGCGGGCACUGCAAGAAGCUGGCCCCCGAGUACGAGAAGGCUGCCAAGGAGCUGAGCAAGCGCUCGUCCCCGAUCCCCCUGGCGAAGGUCGAUGCCACCGCGGAAACGGACCUGGCCAAGAGGUUCGAUGUCUCUGGCUACCCCACUCUGAAGAUCUUCCGCAAGGGAAAGCCUUUUGAAUACAACGGCCCACGGGAGAAAUACGGGAUCGUGGACUACAUGAUCGAGCAGUCCGGGCCACCCUCCAAGGCUCUCCCAGCCCUGAAGCAGGUCCAGGAAUUCCUGAAGGAUGGAGACGACGUCAUCAUCGUUGGGGUCUUCCAGGCAGAGAGCGACCCGGCCUACCAGCUGUACCAGGAUGCCGCUAACAACCUGAGAGAAGAUUACAAAUUCUACCACACUUUCAGCACUGAAAUAGCAAAGUUCCUGAAAGUCUCCCCGGGCAAGCUGGUCAUGAUGCAGCCUGAGAAAUUCCAGUCCAAGUACGAGCCCAGGAGCCACACGAUGGACGUCCAGGGCUCCACGGAGGGCUCGGCCAUCAAGGACUUCGUGCUGAAGCACACCUUGCCCCUGGUGGGUCACCGCAAGCCCUCCAACGACGCCAAGCGGUACACGCGGCGCCCCCUGGUGGUCGUCUACUACAGCGUGGACUUCAGCUUUGACUACAGAGCUGCCACUCAGUUUUGGCGGAGCAAAGUCCUGGAGGUGGCCAAGGACUUCCCCGAGUACACCUUUGCCGUGGCGGACGAGGACGACUUUGCCACGGAGGUGAAGGACCUGGGGCUCAGCGAGAGCGGGGAGGACGUCAACGCUGCCAUCCUGGACGAGGGCGGGCGGAAGUUCGCCAUGGAGCCCGACGAGUUUGACUCGGACACCCUGCGCGAGUUCAUCACAGCCUUCAAAAAAGGGAAGCUGAAGCCGGUCAUCAAGUCCCAGCCGGUACCCAAGAACAACAAGGGCCCGGUCAAGGUCGUGGUGGGGAAGACCUUUGACUCUAUCGUGAUGGACCCCAAGAAGGACGUCCUCAUCGAGUUCUACGCGCCCUGGUGUGGGCACUGCAAGCAGCUCGAGCCCGUGUACACCGCCCUGGGCAAGAAGUACAAGGGCCACAAGAGCUUGGUCAUCGCCAAGAUGGACGCCACCGCCAACGACGUCACCAACGACCGCUACAAGGUCGAGGGAUUCCCCACCAUCUACUUUGCGCCCAGUGGGGACAAAAAGAACCCAAUUAAGUUUGAGGAGGGAAACAGAGAUCUGGAGCACUUGAGCAAGUUUGUAGAGGAACACGCCACAAAGCCGGGCAGGACCAGGGAAGAACUGUGAGCCCUGCAGCUGGCGGAGGGCAGGAGGGAGCAGGCGCUCGGCUUCCAGCGGCUGGAGGCCGGGCGCGCCCCCGGCCCGGCCAGCGCAAGGGCAGUGUCUCGAGGGGUGUUUUUGUUUUGUUUUUGUUUUGUUUUUGCUUUUUGUUUUGUUUUGUUUUUAAUUUUUUAUACUCUGAUGUUUCACCUCACACUCUGAUACUGAAUAGAAAUGAAUGAUUCAAUAGAUUAGCCCAGAUUUUUACAGAGGAUACAUCUAUUUUUGUCAUUAUUUGGGGUUUGAUUUUUUAACUUUCCACUUUCUUUAAUAUAUUUCUUCAAAGCAGAUAAGUUGAAUCUCUUCUGUGAACGUUUUUUCUUAAUUUAAAAUUUUAAAAGCCUUUUUGCCAAAUCGUAUUGAAGUUUGCCCUUUACUGUGUAUGCCGUUGUCUGAGGAAUUCCUAGUCGGAGUGCUGCAGUCUCUCUUCUGUCACGGCACAAAGUGAGAGCCGUCCCCCAGUGCCCUGCCAAGGCCGUCCCUGCAGCCUGACCUCUGCACUGCAGCCGCGGAGUGUCCACACGGGAGCGGUGCCGGUGGGGCUGGGUGUCGCCGUGCCUUCUCCACGGCCCGCGGGCCGGCGGGCCUGCCCCAGGCCCCAGGUCCCCCGGCCCCUCGAGCCAGGAUCCGAGGAGCAGCCUCAGAGAGAGAGGCCACCCGCUGGCGGACGCAGCCCCACCUCUUCAGAAUGGACAUGGCCUGAGGGGAGAGGACCGUGGGCACAGGCGGAUGCUCUAGGGGGUAGAGACUGGGUGGGCUGUCGCAGUGGAAUAAAGGAAAUACUGAAA